UCACAUACCACCUGAGGUUCUAGGUGGACAUGAAUUUCUUGGGGGGAGGGAGGGGGACACUAUUCAGCCCACUGCAGACCAAGCAGAGGCCACUUCUGAGAGGACGAGAAGGCUGAAGGGUGAUGCGGGGUGUUUAGCCGAGCAGGCCACCCAAGCUCUCCUAAAUUCAUCUGCGUCUACUCUCUUCCUGGUGGGCAGCACGGGCCCCAUGCAGCGCUGUCUGAGAAUCAUGGUGCCGGAGGAGGGGAGCUCCGGCUGCCCGGUGCCCCGCCUGUCCUGGAUGUCGGUGCUGCGCUCUGCCGCGAUCCUGUCUCUUACCGGCAUAAUGGCAUACUGCUUCCUGCGCGUCCAGCAAGGGCAGCUCGAGCCGCCUAAGCGGGACAUGGCUGAGCUGCAGCUAAAUCACACAGGACAGCGGCUGGACCACAGGCUGCGCUGGCAGGGAAGUCCGGCCUUGGGCCGCUCCUUCGUGGAUGGACUGGAGCUGGACGACGGCGGGCAACUGCGUGUCCGGCGCGGCGGAGUCUACAGGCUGCACAUCCAAGUGACGCUGGCCAACUGCUCCUCCUCCACGCGGGCCGCCCGGCCUCCCAGGGCCACGCUGACGGUGGGCAUCUGCUCCCCGGCCGCCCACAGCAUCAGCCUGCUGAGGCUCAGCUUCCACGGAGGCUGCGUGGCCGCCUCCCAGCGCCUGACGCCAUUGGCUCGCGGGGACACGCUGUGCACCAACCUCACGCUGCCUCUGCUGCCCUCCGCAAAUGCUGAUGAGACCUUUUUUGGGGUUCAGCUGGUGCACCCCUGACUGUUGCGCCCCCUGGCCCAGAUUUGUCGGGAGAGUGUGUUUUCUCUCUCUCUCUUUUUUU